GCCCCUGCCUCUGCCUGCUCCCUUUUGCCGGGCCACUCACGUGCGCUCGUCAAACCCAUGUCCCGCCGGGUCAAAACCGAGCCCCCCCGCCCGGAGGGACACGGACACCUCCUCUGGACUGGUCCAUCCCCGCCUCUCCUCAGCCUCUCCUUGCUCGCUCGUAGCUAGCUCCCUCACUCUCGCUGUCCCUCACUCUUGGUGUGGUGGGAUGGAGCUGGGGCUGAGCCUGGGGGAGCCGGACGCCGGGAGGGCGGCGGCGCCGGAGCUGGGGCUGGGGCUCGGGGUCGGCGCCGCAGGGAGGGGUGACGAUGCCCGGAGGGGGAGCGGCGCUGCGGCGAGGGCGGGGGCGGGAGCGAGGUGGUGGGCGGCGCCGGUGGCGGAGCCAGAGCCGGCGGUGCGGCUCAGCCUCGUGCCCAGCUCCAGCCUCGGCCUCCACUGGGCGCCGCCGCCUUCGUCGGACUGCGGGGGCCGCUCCUCCGAGGCGCCGGCGCGCGGGUUCGACGUGAACCGGGCGCCGUCAGCGGCGGCAAGCGCGUUCGCGGCGCUGGAGGAGGAGGACGACGACGAGGAGGACCCGGGCGCGGGGGCCCUGUCCUCGUCGUCGCCCAACGACAGCGCGGGCUCCUUCCCGCUCGACCUGGGCCGCCGCGCCGCCGCCCACGCCGAGGCCGCCGCGGCGCGGGCCUGCGGGGAGCGCUCGUCGUCCCGCGCCAGCGACGAGGACGAGGGUGCCUCCGCCGCGCGCAAGAAGCUGCGCCUCUCCAAGGAGCAGUCCGCGUUCCUGGAGGAGAGCUUCAAGGAGCACAGCACCCUCAACCCCAAGCAGAAGGCGGCGCUGGCGAAGCAGCUCAACCUCCGGCCGCGCCAGGUGGAGGUCUGGUUCCAGAACCGCCGCGCCAGGACGAAGCUGAAGCAGACGGAGGUGGACUGCGAGUACCUGAAGCGCUGCUGCGAGGCGCUGACGGAGGAGAACCGGCGGCUGCACAAGGAGCUCGCCGAGCUGCGCGCGCUCAAGACGGCGCCGCCCUUCUACAUGCACCUCCCGGCCACCACCCUCUCCAUGUGCCCCUCCUGCGAGCGCGUCGCCUCCAACCCCACCUCCACCGCCGCCUCCACCUCGGCGCCCGCAUCGUCCGCGCCACCGGCUCCAACGGCCGCCGCCACCAGCAGCAGCAGCAGCGCCGCCGCCGUAACGGCAACGGCAACAGCCGCGCGCGGCGAGCCCCGGCCCUCGUCGUUCGCGGCGCUGUUCGCGGCGACCCGCAGCUUCCCGCUGGCCUCCCAGUCGCGGCCGCCGGCGCCGGCGCCGGCGAGCAACUGCUUGUAAAUACGCGCCCGCCCCGCGCGGCUCCCGCUGGCUGGUUGGUUCUCGUGAGAAUUUUUGGGGUUUCCGAGGCCGUCCGUCGCCGUCGCGUCGACGGCCGGGUUGGAUGCGAGGAGCCGAGGUUGUUUCUUCCAAAUCCAAGUGCUCUCCUGUUUAAGAACACGGAGUGUUCGUGGUAACCACGAACGGUUCAGGGUUUAAGCUCUGUCCAGGGCGAAGAAAUUGGUUCCAUUUUUGUUUUCUUGGUUUGCUCGAUCGGCAGCUCGGAUCGAAGGACGACGGUGUUGCCGUUGCCACUGUUUCAUGAA